CCUAUAAAUAUAAUGAUGCUGUUAUGCUCCGCACAGUACUUGAACAAGUGUAAUUAGAUACAGAGUAAUUAUAUAAGCAAGAUGACGCGUGGAUUUUACAUUAUCGUUUUCGCAUUCAUUCCUGCUAUCUUAGCUAGAGUUUUAGAUGUGAAUAAGAAACUAGCAUCCGACCAAAACUACUACAAUACUUGCCUGAUUGAAACCGGUACCACUGAUAAUGAUAUAUUCACACUAGGAGAUCUAAUACAGGAGAGGCAUAAACAAUCCGAAAAUCAAGAAAAACUAAGAAAGAAUAGUUGCUUAAUCUAUUGCAUGUUUCAAAAAGAGAAUAUGAUAGGAGAAUCGGAAUUAAACCUAGAAACAAUACAUACUAAGUUUACUGAAAAAACAAAUAUCCAACCAGGACACAUUCUUUACAAAGCUCUGGAUGAUUGCAUAAAAGAAGUAAAAGAUAUUACAGAUAAAUGCGAAAAAAGUUUUGGUCUAGUGACGUGUUACUUCAAAGCUAAAGAAAGGUUUCUGUCUCAAAAAGAACAUGGAGAUCACGAGGGACAUGAACAUCAUCAUGUUCAUGAACAUGAUCAUGAACAUGAUCAUGAACAUGAUCAUGAACAUGAUCAUGAGCAUGAACAGUAAAUACAAUUAACAAUAAUUGGAUUUUCUGGAAUUAUUUUUUAACUUUUUAUAUAAAACAGAAUUUC